AUGGCGAUGAUGACUGGCCGUGUGCUGCUGGUGUGUGCCCUCUGCGUGCUGUGGUGCGGUGACGAGGGUGUGGGAUCUCCUGCUGGUGGUGCUGGCGGUUUACUUGGGAAUGGUGGUAAAGGUGCGGUGGAGACUACUGAUAAUUCAACGUCAGCACCAGACAGCUCAGAUCUAACAAAAGGUUUGCCCAAAGUUAAUCAAUCAACAGAAACAUUUACAGGAAAAUCUUUGGAAGUAGACGAAGUUAAUGCUGAACAACAGGAUGUUGCUCCUGGAGUGGAGGAUGAAGAUGGAAGCCCUUCAGACCAUUUAGAAGAAUCAUUGAAAGAUGAUCCAGAUCAAGGAAAAACAAAGCCAGAAAUACAAAAUAAAGGACAGGAAGGAAGACAAACGCCACAAUCGCAAGUAAAUGUACCACAGCAACCGCAGCCACUAUUACAUCAGUCACAACCGCUACCGCCAUCAGCGCCGCAGCCACACACUCCUGCUUCAGAAAAGGGUGAAGGUGUUGGCGAGAACAAUACGGGUGGAGAAGGUCAGCCCUCAUUGAGAGUAGAAAAUAAGGGAAACGAGGAUCCAGAGAACCUCGGAAAAGAAGACUCAUUAAAUGAUCCAGGUACAAAAUCACAAAGCAGUGAACAGGUUCAAACGACAGUGCCAAACACAGUCCCGCCGGAGCACAAAACCCAAAAUGGAAUGUUAACUCCGGAACAAAUGACGAAUGAAAGCCAAAGCACGGAUACAUCCACGAACCUACCCGAAAUACAAAAGGAAAAUAAGGAAUAUCCUGCCUCUACGGAAGGUACGGCGCAGAGUACAUCAAAUGGCAGUCAAGAACAAGAAGCUGAGCCAUCUACAAGCGAAGAACCUUCCCCUUUUGAGGAGGAACAAUCCACAGGGACGAAGACAACCGAGGAUGCUCGAACUCCGGAUGCUGCCGCGACAGAAAAAAGCCAAACCGGCGAUAAUGAAAAGGUUGGCGACAGUGACGGCAGCACCGCGGUCUCUCACACCACUUCCUCUUUUUUGCUUCUUCUACUUGUUGUUGCGUGUGCGGCUGCUGCUGCGGUGGUGGCCGCGUGA